CAGAUCAGCUUGUGGUUUGCUCCCGUGCACACUUCAACCAUUUCUUGCUCGCUCGCUCUACUCUCUCGCUCUACGCUCUCUAUCUCUCUGCCACUUGACUCUUUUCGCUUUUCCCAAAGUGCAUCAAAGGCAAGAGUCGACUUUUUAACGGAAGUUUAGUGAGGCAGACAUGUUCCAGGAUUGCAACAAGAAGCGCUUCAUGGCCAGCGUGAACAAAACCGGCAAACACGACGAGUUGUCCGCCUACUUGAACGACAGCAAGUGCAUCAUCACUCCGCUGCCGCCCGUCAGUUCCAUCCGCCAUCCGCACAGCAGCAACUGUUUCGACGCCGCUUCCGACGGCUACAACACUCCCAGCCCAAUGUCUUCCGAAAGCAACGACCACGGCCACCACAUGGGCGGUGUCCAUCACUCGUACCGCGGCCACUUUGGCGAAAGUCCGCUGCCGUCGCCCACUCAUCCGCACCACCACGGAAUUUCCUCGUCGGUCGGAGCCUCCGACGAGGAGAUCCGCCAGCGGUUGCAGUACUUUUCCCAGCCGCCGAGCAACGGCUCGUCCAGCAACUACUACGACCUGCGCGUCAGCGUCAAAGACGAUCCCGAACGCUGUUACGUCUCCACCGGUCUGCCGACACCCAGUUCUCCCGGCUCGCCGUUCGACAGCCACCACCACCACCACCACCAACAGCACAUCAACACGGCAGUCAACUCGCCAGUCAGCCCGGCCCCAUCGUCCGUCCAUCCGCUAAUGGCCGAACAUCAAAACCAGUCGAGCAACCAGAGCGGCUCCGAUUCCGAGUUGACGUUUCCUCGCAGCACCAGCAGCGCAUCCAACGGACAGAAACGGCCGCUCAAGGAAGUGGCUCCGCAGGUGAUGAAGAAACGCCGACUGGCCGCCAACGCUCGCGAACGCAGACGGAUGAACAACUUGAACAGCGCCUUCGACCGGCUGCGCGACGUCGUGCCCGCUCUGGGCAACGACCGACAACUCUCCAAGUACGAAACGCUCCAAAUGGCUCAGAGUUACAUCACGGCAUUGUGGGAACUGCUUCAGUAAGGCAAGGAGGAGCCCAGGCAGGUCUUUAACGACGAUUAUUACUGUACCUUAUUGCCAUUCCCAAUUCAAACGGUUACAAGUCUCUAAAGAAGCCUAAAGACGGGUCGACAACUCAUUCCAGUUAUGCAUGAUAAAAGCAGACGUUAAGUACCUCAUCAUUCAUUUGUAUUCCUCCCUUGAAAGUUAAAAGUGUCCGAAUGUUUAGCAUAAAUGCUAUACUACACUAGACUUGCUCAUCGCGCCGCACAUUCGCCGCUGAAUGGCAAGCGAUUCAGGAUAAAAAGCUCGGUGAACAGAUCGAACAAGAGAUUCAUGGCUUUUUGGCAUGACAUUUUCAACCGUUGUUAUUGCAUACACAUAAAUCUAGUCUGUUUCGUUGAUGGUGCGCGGCCGGCCGCUGUUUCUGACGCCGACGACGACGCCAUUUAUUGUAUAUCGCCUCAGUAUGUAACUCUUUUUUUUUUCUAUCUCUCUCUCUCUUUCUCUCGUGCUAUGUGCUCAACUCUCAACGCCUUCCUCUUUUGAAUAAUUGUCGGAGCACUGUGCGCGCCCCCCUCCACUCUCUCUCGCAUUUCCACGCAACUCCGCCGGCUCUGGCCGGUCGCUGCGCGGCAUUCAUAAUUGGAGGCUGUCCAGCUCGUCUUUACUUGCCUUGUCUUUGAAUUUAUAGAAAUGUACGUGGCGAUACCCCGGCGAAAGAAAAGUAACACAAAAAUUACAAUACAAAAAUAACACAAAAAAAAAAGAAAGAAAGAAAGAAAACGGAAAAUGUUGCGCGUAAUUUAUCAAAUCGCCGCAUGUUGCCCUUUUCAAACGCAGAAACAAAAAGUCUCUUCCAAUCGAUUGGGUUUCCCAGUUUCCCUUUAUCGCCUCUCCGGUGGAUUCUCUCUCACCGUGCUCACAAUCCACAAUGUCUUGUUGCGCCUAUUUUCUUUGAUGCCGUUUGUUUGUUUGCCAAUGCAACGUUAUGACGUAAACAGUAUACUGUACCUAAUUUGACCGUCCAUAUUGUGCCUUAAAAUUGUUGAUGGAAGAAAAUAGAUGUGUCUCUGAAAAACUGAAA